AUGGGCUUGUUCGUAGUUGUUGGGCAAAAUAUUGUGCUUGCAGGCUUGGGAAAAGUGUUUGAGAAUUCAUCCACCAUACAUAAUGUUCGUUAUGAAAAUGAUGUUGUUAAGGUUCAGGUUGUCAGAACAUACAUGCCUCACGCUGAGGUCCCUAUUCCUACAUCAGAGGUUCAUUAUCUUGAGCAGGCUGUUGGCACAUUCGUCGCAUGGCCGACACAUCUUGUUAGGGAAGUAACUAAUGAGGUGGUCGUAGGACCCGAUAAGCCUCCAUCAAAGUCUGUUGGAGAGCCGAACAGGUUAACAUCUGUGGCCACAGAUGACCCAUUGGGAGAAUUGGUUAAGAAGUCAUAUGUGGUUUACACAAAGCCAAUGGAGUUGGCAUGGGACGGGGCGAAAUUUGGGUUAUCUAAUGCCUCAAAUGGUUUUUUCAUCACACAUGCAGAUGUGACUGAAAUAAUUUUAGGUGACAAAUGUUUAAAUAUAUUUGUACUGCAGCUGUGGAUGAUGUUUAUGAAUGAUUGGAGUACAAGCAUUGGUUUUUCUCCAGUGUACGGUUUCCUUGAGCCCCAGUCUAUACGCUGCACAAAGGACACGCGUGAAGAAUGUCAAAAGUACAUAGAAAUGUGGUUUGAUGGGGAAUUUCAUGUUGUUGACUUCAGGGCACAUUGGCAACUUCUUGUGUUGUGUCCACAAGAGAACAUUAUAGUAUGGUUCUGUUCUGUACGAAGAAAGCCUGAUGUUCACAUUAAGUUUGCAGUGAACAAUGCAAUGAAGAAAAUAUGCAGUAAUCUCCAAGGCAAGGACAAUGCACCUCCACCUCCACCUCAAUGGAUUGAGGCUAAGAGCCAUGUACAACAAGGAGCAUAUGAGUGUGGAUAUUAUGUGAUGCAUUGGAUGUGGAGCAUCGUUAGUGCCGGUUUGAAAAAUGAACUCCACAACUAUUUUUCUGAUGGAACAACAUUAGACACUGACACCAUGAUGACAAUACGCAAGAAAUGGGCAGCCUAUUUUCUAGAAGUUGGAAAAUGGAUGUCAGCGUUUGACAUGUUCCUCCUUGGGUCGUUCAGUCCGCCGCAACCUUCUCAUACAUUGGUCCAAGAAAUCAUCGAAAAAGCUCCUCAGGAAACCUCUGGAAAAGCUCAGGCCUCCCUCGGUGACAUAAUUGUUGCUGUCCAAUGA